UGAGUUAAGGAUUCGAUGAGUUGAGCGGGCACGCGUAUUUUUAAUUUAAUAAAUAACAAUAUGCCAGAACUCAAUUUAAGCUCAACUUUAAAACUCUUAAUUUUGCACUUAUGUUUAACGUGUUCGAACAGUUUUUUGGAUUUUAAACAAUAAAUCAACGUUUUGUUAAAUACAAUGAACAAUUCUGAUGUCGUUCCAGCCCGUAUAGUAGUUGUUGGAACGAGUAAAUUAAGACUUUCUGAAAGGUUUAAUCGAAUUCAAGCAGAAAAAGUUGAACAACCACCACCACCACCACCACAUAGACAUGUAGUAAAACAAAGACAAUCUUCUUUAGAACCUCAGAAUUUGCGGCAUCGAGCGGAAAGUGUUCUUUCUGUUAAUGGAGGUCCUAUAAUUGAGCGGCCUCGUGUUUUUCAACGUCCAACAAGUGGAAGCAUUAGCAGCAACAAAUCUUUUUUACACGACAAUUAUAUGGACAAUGAAUUAUAUGGCGAAUUCUCAGAACAUGAUCAAUAUCGUCCACCACCUUCCCAAUAUCAUCAUUCUGGUGGUGGUCGCUUCCGUACUUGUAGUAGUGAACCUUUUGAAAGUUUAUCUGAAUUAAACAAUUUAAAUCCUGUUAAUCUCACACUUGAUGAUUACAACGUUUAUCAGAAGAUGCGUAUUCGUCGGCCAUUUUAUUCUUCUUCUCGAGUACACAAUUAUGAUUUGGAUGAUAUUGAUGAAGAAUAUGAUUUUCCAAAUGAUUAUGCACCUCGACCAAGAUCCAAUCUCUAUAAUGAUUCACCACGAAGACCCAUUCAACAACGACUCAGUUUUCGUCCUCGAAUGACGUCCGAAUUUGCACUUCGCCGCCCAAUUCGAAACAAUUUUGCUUUUAAGCGAUCAUUUCGUGGAAGGUUUGUUGGAGGUUGGAGGGCUUGGUAUGGAGGCGGUGGGGGAGGAAAUUGGAUUUCUGGUCAGGGUGGAGGUUUCCGAAGAAAUCGACGAAAUGACAGACGUCUCAAAAAAACUGUCGCAGAAAUGGAUAGAGAACUUGAUGAAUAUAUGAAAUCAAACAAACAUCCUCGAGUUCAUCCCAAAAUUUGA